CACGACGAAGCCACACUUGAAAGCGGAAAUCCUAGAGAUAGCUUCACUCGAACAUGGAAGACCUCCAUUUGUACAUCUUACUUUUGGGCAUAGCCUGGUCCAUAUUCAACAGAUAUUUCGUUCCCAGAAUCAAGAAUCUGCCGCCAACUCCAUUAUUAGCCUUACCAGAAAUAAGCUACCUUACUUUAUUCAAGCAGCUGCCAAUCCACCGAGCCCUCUACAGUAUCGCCGCCCGCCACGGGCCAAUUUUGCUCCUCCAUUUUGGCUGCCGACGAGUCCUUCUAAUCUCAUCCUCGUCGCUUGCGGAAGACCUCUUCUCCAAAAACGAUGCGGUGUUUGCCCACCGACCUAAGUUGGUGGUGGGAAAGGAAUUUGGGUCCAACUACAGCAACCUUGCUUGGGCACCUCAUGGUGGUCACUGGCGUCAUCUCCGCCGUGUCUCCUGCCUUGAAAUCCUCCCAUUUCAUCGUCUACCGGAGCAACAUGACUCACUCACGGAUGAGGUGAAGCUGUUGCUUGGCCGGCUUUUCCAUUCCCAGAAAAAGACUGUAGAGCUAAAACCGUUGUUUCUGGACCUUGUGCUUAACGUGAUGAUGAAGAUGUUCGCAGGAAAUGGGUUCUGCCCGAAAAAGAUGACUUGCGAGGGAAACGGGAUGGAGUCAAUUUCUAUGGUCGACUAUGUCACUCAUUCAUUUAGAAUGACGACCGACGAACAAGACGUGGGGUAUUUUAUGCCGUUAUUAAAGACGCUAGGAUUGAUUACUUUGGAGCAAAGGUGCAAGGAGUUGCAAAAAAAAGGAGAUUCUCUCAUGGACAGCUUAAUUGAGGAACUUCGAUCAAAGAUGCGUGAUAUUGAGGGAUCAGGUCAGAAAGAAGGAAAAGUGAUUGAGUUCUUGUUGGCUAGACAGAAAGAAAAUCCUGAACGUUACCCUGAUAAACUUAUCAGAGGACUUGUGCAAGUCUUAAUGUCAGCAGGAACUGAUACAACAGUCGGAGUUUUGGAGUGGGCAUUUUCUCUUUUAUUGAACCAUCCAGAAGUUCUACGGAAAGCACAGAAUGAGAUUGAGAAUUAUGUUGGCGAUGAUAAACGAUUCCUCAAGCAAUCAGAUAUGGAGCAUUUGCCUUAUCUCCAUUGCAUUGUAAAGGAGACAUUAAGAAUGUAUCCAGUUGCCCCUUUACUAGUCCCUCAUGAGUCGUCAAAGGAAUGUAGUAUUGGAGGAUAUUACAUCCCUAAAGGCACCAUGCUAAUGGUGAAUGCAUGGGCUAUUCAAAACGAUCCCAAUGUAUGGAAGGAACCUGAAAAAUUCAUGCCAGAAAGAUUUGAAAAGAUUGUAGGCGAAAGAGAUGGAUUUAAGUUAAUGCCGUUUGGAUAUGGAAGGAGGAGUUGUCCUGGAAAGCACAUGGCAAUGCGUGUGAUCACUUUUACUUUGGGCUCACUUCUACAUACCUUCGACUGGGAAAGGGUUAGCGAGAAUAUGGUUGAUAUGAACGAACAAACACGUCUUGCCUUGUUCAAGGCACAACCAUUGAUGGCUGUAUGUCACCCACGGGCGACCAUGAUGAAUCUACGUUCUCAAAUUUAAGCAUGUCUUUGUCACGUAGAAUAAAUAUCCAUGCAAGAAGUACGUUUGUUUAUAUAGCGUUAGGUUAAUUUAUAUGUGAUAAAGCCUUUGUAUGUGAUAAUAUCGCGCUUAGGUGAUCAAUAGUAGAUUAUCUUUGGGCUCACUUGUCAAUGUAAUAGAGCUCCACUUGGUUAUCGCCCCUCGCCUAUGUGCUUCAUGUUAAGGUAUCCAUAACGUAUUGAACUUCAUAAAAUUUAAUGGAUUACCAAAUCGUUUUUCUAUAA